AUGUCUCAACAGACUAUCAUUCUGAUCACAGGCGCCAAUUCAGGUGUCGGCUAUGCGACCACCCAAGUCCUGGCCGAACACCCAAACCACCAUGUCAUAAUGGGCUGUCGCGACCUGGAAAAGGGCCAAAAGGCCCUCUCCGAGCUCCAAAGCCACAAUCCCAAAGGCACCCUUUCCCUCCUUCAACUCGACGUCGAGGACGACACCUCGAUAGCCCGAGCGGUAGACAGCGUAAACCAGGAAUUCAACCGCCUCGACGUGCUAAUCAGCAACGCGGCCGUAACCGCACCCGCUCUCAACGGACGCAGCCGCUUGACUCAAAUUUUCUCGACGAACGUCACCGGCGCAAUGCUCGUCUCGGAGGCUUUUGUCCCGCUGCUUCUCAAAUCAGAGAAACCUUAUCUCAUCCAGAUUUCUAGUUAUGUAGGGUCGACGGAUUUGGCGAGUGACCCGAGUCAUACCGCUUAUGGGGUUGACUGGGUUGAGUACCGCAUGAGUAAGGCUGCAUUGAAUAUGUUGACUAUCCAGCUACAUAAGCAGUUGCAGAGUCGCGGUGUGCGGGUAUUUGCGUUUUGUCCUGGGCUUGUGAGAUCGAAUCUGAGAGGCACGGAUGAGGCUGCGGUUAGUGCAGAGGGAUUGGCUGGGGAUCCAUUGGAGUCUGGGAAGGGGAUUUUGGGCAUUGUGCUUGGGGAGAGGGAUGGGGAGGUUGGUGGGUUUAUUCACAAGGAUGGUGUAUAUCCUUGGUAG